AUGGUAGUCGGUGCUCCUCAUAUUAUUGAUACUGUCCUUGCUGGUCCGCUCAACUUUAUUAUACCACCUGUUACUGGAAAGUUUGAAAGACCACCUGAAGUACCGGGGACAAAGGAAGCACUUGCAGCUGGUGAUGCGAAUCCUUGUUGUCCAUACGGUGGUAAAUAUGUAGGCGCGGGUGUUGAUACAGACACAGGUUGGUUGACAGGAGGUAGAUAUGUAGCAGGCGGACGUGUAGGUCGUGGUUGUGGCCGAGGUGGAGGUAAAUAUGUGCGACGUGUAGGAGGAGGAGGUGGCGGUGGCGGAGGUGGUGGUGGAGGAGGAGGUGGUGGUGGUGGAGAAGGAGGAGGUGGUGGUGGUGGAGGAUAA